GCAGACCGGCGACAUCUGCGUACGGACACUGCUAGUUUUCUAGGAAAACAAAACAAACCUGCUUCAAUAGUUAGCUCUGUGCUAUGUUACCUUAACAUUUGAUGUUAAUAUGUAUGCAUUAUGGACUGGUUUCAUACGUGUAUAGCUAUAAAAAAUAUUAGCGUUUUCCGUACGUGUUGGCCACGCUACCAAUUUCUCGGAAUAGCUUUAGAGUAUUUUUAGCAAGGCAGCUAAGGUGAGAAGCUAAUCACGGAACGUUGUACGCUGUGCUAGCUGGCGUUAACCGCAUUAGCUACAUUAUCUAAUGAUAGUUAAGGUAAGUGCCAGCAGGUAGCAAACCUCAACACUGUGUGACAACAGUAUUAUAGCCUGGCCUUGCUUGACUAACGUUAGAUUAAGUAACGUUAACGAAUACACACGCUAGACGGUAGCUAGCUUGUGUUGUAAGUCAGAAGUCAGUUGGGAUAAUUAUGCAAUUUAGGAAAUAUAAUGUGACAGCAGUGGGCGAGGAUCGCUGCCAAUUAGUUUAGCUGCUCCUUUGUCAGUGAAGUCAUGCAUGACGUGAGACGUGUAUUGAUCAAGACAGUCCUACCCACUUUAUAGUGGCGAGAAGGCUAACCUACCACCCACCAGAUAUCUGGGCUUGUUCACCGGCAAAAUGCCUGGAAUGGUGGUGUUUGGUCGGCGAUGGGGGAUAGCCAGUGAUGAUCUUGUGUUCCCCGGAUCCUUUGAACUGUUCAUCCGUGUGCUUUGGUGGAUUGGCACCAUGAUCCUGUUCACUUACCACAAGGGUCAUUUUGAUUGUAAUGAGAGAGGAGUUCUUCACAGCUACCUGGUUGGACUGCUGGUUGUGCUAGCGCUCAUCAUCCUGUCACUGUGUGCUAUUGUCUACGUCAGUGCACAAGGUACCAUUACAAAUCCUGGUCCACGGCGCUCUAUGCCUGCACUGGUGUACCUGCGAGCUCUGCUGUACCUCCCUGAGCUGGUCUGGGCUUGUCUAGGGGCUGUUUGGGUGUCUGAUGACAGCAAAGGCUGUGAUCCCGCCACAGUGGGCGCUGUCAUUGCAGCAGUUGUUGCCAGCUGGAUCAUUCUGCUGUUCACGGGGAUAGGUGUUGUGUUUGUCUUUGAUCCACUGGGGGACCCUCGUCCUCAACCUCCUACCAUGGAGCCACUGGGAGUACGAGACCUACAGAGCAGCGAGGGCUCCCAGUUCCUGUCCACUGCUCGCUCCCUGGCCGUUAAAGUCUGGGAGAGCAGGCUUCGACUCCUGUGCUGCUGUCUGCCACAGGAUGAAAGCCACCGGGCAGCGUUCUCCAGCAUCGCACAGCUCUUUAGCAGCUUCUUCUCUGACACAGACCUGGUUCCCAGUGACAUAGCAGCCGGUUUGGCUCUGCUGCACCAGGAGCAAGACAAGAUGGAGAAAAGCAGAGAUCCAGAAGUCAUCGUCAGUCACAGCCCUUCCUCUCCAAUCGGAGAAGAUUUGGAGACAGAGUUGGAGAAAGCUGCCCAUUGUAUGCAGUUUGCUGCAGCAGCUUAUGGUUGGCCACUCUACAUUUACUCCAACCCUCUGACUGGACCCUGCAAACUCAGUGGAGACUGCUGUAGGAGCCGGGCAGCUGAGUAUGAGAUUGUUGGAGGAGACCACCUUGGCUGCCAUUUCUCCUCCAUCCUGCAGAGCACUGGUUUGCAGUACAGAGACUUCAUACAUGUCAGCUUCCACAACCAGAUCUAUGAGAUCCCCUUCUAUGUGGCUCUGGAUCAUAAGAGGGAGGCUGUUCUGGUGGCUGUCAGAGGAACAUUGUCACUGAAGGACGUCCUGACAGACCUGUCAGCUGAAUGUGAGAACCUGCCGAUAGAAGGAGUGUCUGGAGCCUGCUACGCUCACAAGGGCAUCUGUCAGGCAGCGAGUUACAUCUACAAGAAGCUGGUCAACGACGGCAUCCUGAACCAGGCAUUCUCCAUUGCACCGGAGUAUAAACUGGUCAUCACUGGUCACAGUCUGGGCGCUGGCGCAGCUUCAGUGCUGGCUAUCCUUUUACGCAAUUCCUUCCCCACCCUGCAGUGCUACGCCUUCUCUCCACCAGGGGGACUCCUGAGUAAAGCCUUAGCUGAUUACUCCAAGGACUUUGUGAUCUCAGUGGUGCUGGGAAAAGACCUGGUUCCCAGACUGAGCAUUCCCAACAUGGAGGACCUGAAGAGGAGGAUACUUAAAAUAGUUUCUAACUGCAAUAAGCCCAAAUAUCGCAUCCUGCUGCAGGGAUGCUGGUACGAGCUGUUUGGAGGAGACCCAGAUGACUUCCCCACCGAGAUGGACAACAGGAGGGAGGAGGAGCUUGGCCAGCCACUGCUGGGGGAGGAGUCACUGAUGAUUCGCCACUCAUCAUCCUAUCAGAGCCUUGCGUCCGAUGACUCGCCCGCCCAUACAGCUACACACUUACCGCUCUUCCUGCCUGGACGCGUUCUGCAUAUCACAGAAGACGGGCCUUCGCGGAGAUCCUGUUUUUCUCAGGUCCGUUACCGUGCCGACUGGUCCAAUGAAAUGGCGUUCAGGAGUAUUUUGAUCAGCCCCAGGAUGCUGGCCGAUCACAUGCCUGACGCUGUGCUCCGAGCACUCAACAGUCUCACCAGCGACCGGCCCUUCUCCCUCUGCCCUUCGUCUUUAAACAACAGCCAGCGCAAUACUAUCUGAAUUGUACUAUAAAGACUGACUCCUAAUGUCUGUGCUCCCGGACUCCACAGUAUCCUAAACCAACUUUUAUUUGUGUCUUUACAUCUGAUCCAGGACAGCUUCAAGUACGUCACUUGACCUGUCAUCCCAGUCUUUCCUCACACAUAUAUACAUUUCGAGUAUGGAGCUUCUCAAGCGUUUGCAUCUGAUUGUAGUGGUAAUGGAAGAUAUAAAACCAUAGGGAUUUGCUUGUUGUGGUCUCUAUGAAUGAAUGUGAUUUGCAAAGAGAAACGCUCUGGAGCAGAUUUUUUUCGAUUGCACUUUUAAUUAUUUAAUUCAAAUAAUUUGAUUUCUUUCGGCUUCAUGAGUUACUCCAUGAGCAACCUUAUGCCAUGAUCUUUGAAUGUACGUUGUGUACAAUAUUUGACAGUGCUGCAGUUUUGCUAUAAUGUCAGUGUUCUACAGUUUCUGUUUGUGUGAGUGGUGUAUGUCUGGUAUAGGCUGCCCUCGUGGUCACUGCAGGUUUGUUUUCUCGUCUUCAUUAUCUUUGAGGGUGAAUGAGGAGCAGUCUGAUCCACUAUGUGAACAUACAGCUUUGGAACUAAUCAUUUGACCACUGUGUCUGCUGCCUCUUCCUUUGGGGCUCUUGGUGGAGAAAUACUACGUUUUGUUCUUGAGGUUCUAAUAGAUGGGUGUUUUGCUGAUUCCAAGUCUGUGUUGCUGUGUUAAACACUAAGACGGCCGAGUGAUAAUUUAGUUUGGAUUGUCUGUUGGCCUCACAUACACAGCAUAUGAACAAAAUAAUCAAAAAAAAAAUGAUUCCAAUACAUAAUUUAUUGCAUGUAUUGUAAUUCUUGUAAGACUUUUUCCUGUUUUUCUGAGAAGAUGCUGUAAUUAUUUAACCACUAUGAUAAAAUUCUAACUAAAUUAUCAGUGUUGAAGGCCUUUUGUGUUGAGAAAGAAAGCAACAGGUGGUUUAACAAUUAUUUCCAGAGCUGUAUAAGAGUAACUUGUACCUUAAAAUGUGGUCUGAAUUUACAUAUUCAUCGUGUCAUAACUGUGGUUAGCCUGUCUUGUGUUCAAUGUCUUGAGACAUCAGGGUGAACUGUGCCUAUGCAUUAUACAAAAACAAGCCGACAGAAUUACUUUACAGAUAAAGACGUGGGUGCAGUGUGUUUACAGUAAGUUCUGCAGUGUGAACAGUGCAUGGUGUUUGCCAUAAACAUGAUAGAUGUGGGAGGUAGAACGAUUGUACAUUUUGUGGGAACCUGUUUACUUGCCAUGAAUAUUAUGUUGUUUUUCAGGUGAUAUAUAAUGUUAAGGUUUGAAUCAGCUGAUGCCUGCGUAACUAUUUCACACCCUCGAUACAGUACAUUGGACUCCUUGAUGCAAAUAAAAGCGUUUGUGAAGCACAA